AUGUCCAACUCUCAUUGCAGUGUUGUACCAAAAUAUUAUCAGCAAAUUCUGGCCUUGGUGUUUGCAGUCAAGGAAAUCAACAAGAAUUCCAAUCUAUUACCUAAUGUCACAUUAGGAUUCCACAUCUUUGAUAGUUACUUCAGUGAAAGGAUGACCUACUGGGCCACUUUGGAGCUGCUCUCUACACACUACAGAUUCGUACCCAACUACCAGUGUGACAAACAGAAAAACCUGAGGGCAGUCAUUGGGGGUCUUGAUUUUGAGAUUUCCCUCCACAUGGCAGCCAUCUUAGGUGUCUACAAGAUUCCCCAGCUCACUUAUGGCUCCUUUGCCCCAGAGGAUGCUGGUCAAAGCCAAUCCACUCCCUUCUACCGGAUGGUGCCCAAUGAAGCCCAUCAGUACACAGGGAUUGUUGAGUUACUUCUGCACUUUGGAUGGACGUGGGUUGGGUUGUUCGCAUUGGAUAGUGAGAGUGGCGAGAAGUUUAAGGAAAUCCUGCAAGCUCUGUUUUUCCAGAGAGGCAUUUGCUUGGCCUUUUCAGAGAGAACUCCAAAAGGCUCAUAUUUUGAAGAGUAUUAUGACAUGAUUCCCCAGUGGCUCCAUGCCUAUCAUGAUAUUGCAGAAAGCAAAGCCAAUGCUGUCGUUGUCUAUGGAGAAGCCAAGUCCUUCUGUUUUUUGCAACUAUGGCUAGCAGCAGGGGGUGCAGAAAAUGUGACAUCUAUGGAGAAGGUAUGGAUUAUGAGUGCUCACCUGGAUUUCUCAGCAGUGGCCUUUCAAAUGAGCCAAGCUAUGCAACCAUUUCAUGGUUCCAUAUGCUUCACAGUGCACUCAAAUGAGGUGCAAGGAUUCAAGACCCUUCUUCACUCCCUCAAUCCUUUCAUGGCAGGUGAAGAUGGUUUUCUUCAGCAGUUCUGGCUGCAGACAUUCUAUUGUUUCUUUUCAAAAUCCAGUACUGAGUUCAGUGAACCCUGCACUGGACUGGAGAAGCUGGACAGCCUCCCUUCGUCUGGCUUUGAGAUGAGCAUGACUGGCCACAGCUACAGCAUCUACAAUGCUGUCUAUGUUGUGGCACAUGCUCUACAUGAUGCCAUGUACAGAUCCAGCGAAAAAGACAGAGGAAUUGUGAGAAGAUGGAGACCGCAGCUUCAGAAAUUGCAGCCUUGGCAGCUCCACCCAUUUCUUAGGAGUGUCUCAUUUAACAACAGUGCGGGAGAAGAAGUGUCUUUUAGUGAGAACAGGGAAUUUGAAGCUGGAUUCGAUAUCACCAACUUGGUCACUUUCCCAAAUAACUCUUUCAUCAGAAUGAAGGUUGGAUGGAUGAAUUUGGAUGCUCCCCCAGGAAAAGAGUUUUCCAUCAAUGAAGACAACAUGGUGUGGCACAGGAGUUUUCAACAGGUGCCGCCCCCCUCCCUUUGCAACAAAAAAUGCCCUCCUGGUUCCAGCAGAAAGAAGAAGGAGGGGGAGAAAUUCUGCUGCUAUGACUGUGCCCAAUGUCCUGAAGGCAAGAUUUCAUUUCAGAAUGACAUGAAUGACUGUGUCGGAUGCUCAGAAGGUCACUAUCCAAACAAAAAGCAAACACAGUGUAUUCCAAAGACAAUAAGCUUCUUGACGUUUGAAGAACCUUUGGGGAUGAGCUUAGCUUUCCUCUCUGCCUUUUUCUCACUGCUCACAAUAUUGGUCCUAGUCAUUUUCAUUACACAUCAGAACACACCACUCGUCAGGGCCAACAACCGGAAUCUGACUUACAUGCUCCUCACCUCUCUUCUGCUCUGCUUUCUUUGCCCCUUCAUCUUCAUCAGCCCCCCGAGCACAGUGACUUGCCUUCUUCGACAAGUGACUUUUGGUAUCAUUUUCACAGCGACUGUUUCUUGUGUGUUGGCCAAAACCAUCACUGUGGUUCUAGCCUUUGGGGCCACCAAACCAGGAUCCAGAAUGAGGAAAUGGGUGGGGAAAAGACUGGCAAGCACCACUGUACUUUCUUGUUCUCUUAUCCAAAUUGGUAUUUGUGCUGUGUGGUUAGGAACAUCUCCACCUUUCCCCAAUUCUGACUCGCACUCUGUGAUGGACAAAAUAAUACUAGACUGUAAUGAAGGGUCGGUUGUCAUGUUUUACUGUGUCCUGGGCUACAUGGGAUUCCUUGCCUUUGUCAGUUUUGUUGUAGCAUUUUUAGCCCGGAAACUGCCUGACAGCUUUAAUGAGGCCAAAUUUAUCACCUUCAGCAUGUUGUUGUUUUGUAGUGUUUGGAUCUCCUUUGUUCCGGUCUACCUGAGCACCAAGGGGAAAUACAUGGUGGCUGUGGAGAUCUUCUCCAUCUUGGCCUCCAGUGCUGGCUUAUUAGGUUUCAUCUUUUCUCCCAAAUGCUACAUCAUUGUGUUGCGGCCUGAUCUAAAUGACAAACAGCAGUUAAUAAGGAGGAAACAGUAGUAUACCCCACUGCCAGUCUUUUCUUUCAGACUACUCUAUAGUUAAUAUUCAUAUGCUCUCCAUCAUACAGUUAUUUUGUAUUAAUUGCUUUGUACCAUUUUU